AUGAGUUGUGGGCGUUCAAAGGUGCCGAUCACUGCCGGAUCGUCGAAACAGUCGAUGACCGACGCCGAGGUCAAAAAUACGUCCAAGGAGAAGAUCUCGUCGAAGCAUCGGAGUGCUGAAAAGGUGAAGAGCAAAAGUGAAGACCGGGGCAUACAGUCGAAGUCGAAGGAGACGGACAAGUCACGGAAAACACCGGCAAAUACCAAUGAUUCCAGCCGGCAAAAGAAAGUAGCAACCACACCCCCGACGACAAAAAGCCUACAGGCCGAGCUGGUCGUCGUGAAAACGGCUAGAGAACGGGACAGGACAGCGAAAGUGAAGCGAGAUAAGGAGAGGGAACGAGAGAAAGAGCGCGAGAAAGAACGCGAAAAGGAGAAGGAGAAGGAGAAAGAGAGGGAGAAGGAGAAAGAAAAGGAGAAGGAGAAGCUGAAGGAGCCGGAGAAAGAGCGGAAGGAGACUGACUGGGGAGCCGAGGAUGAUGACACGGUCAACGAUCAAAUCCCGUCAUUGCCGAUCAAUCCGGAUGCACCGUCGCUCGACUGUUCCUACAGUUAUAAGUCACCUCAAAAGUCGAAGCGAGGAGCAAGGAAGGAGACGUCGAAUCACGCCCUCAACACCGAUCCAACGAUGGCCUCAAUGCCCAAGUCGGGAUCGGCCCCACCACAACCCAUCAAUCUCUACGAGGGA